UAGAGUGUGAAGGUUUCCGGUUGCCCGCUGGCCUGCUGAUGGUAGCUGGCUGGUGAUCAGGGUGUAAAACAGGACAUUUACCGGAUAAAGCGGGUUAAUGUUCAGCCCGGCCGCGGCGGGUCAUACAGCGGCCCGCUCUGAGUGAAGGACGCUGGGUUUAGUUGCUGCCAAACCUUCUGCGUCUUCAAAGCACAGCCAUCAGCAUUCUGCACAUUUGUUCCUACACAGCUGCGAGUGAGCACUGGCCAAGAAAAUAAUGUCCUGCGGUUGAAGAUGGGAGGCAGCGGCUCCAAAGGUAAAGGUUAUUGGCCUUUUUCUGGCUCAGGUGGAGGAGAUGAAUCAACCAAAGAAGGCCAGGAGCAGACCCUGGCCAGGGUCCGGAGCUUCCGAAAUGGGACUCCCUUCGUGUUUACCAGGAGGAGCUCCAUGUACUUUGAUGAGGAUGGUGACCUGGCCCACGAAUUCUAUGAAGAGACGGUGGUGACGAAGAACGGUCGAAAGAAAGCCAAGUUGAAAAGGAUCCAGAAGAACCUCAUACCUCAGGGAAUUAUAAAGCUGGAUCACCCCUGCCUCCAUGUAGAUUUUCCAGUCAUCAUAUGUGAGAUUUGAUGAAGGAGAACACACUCGGCUCACACACACACGCUGCAGAGAUUCCGUCCCUUCCUUUUGCUCCUCUUCCUCUCUGCCGGAUCCUGGAUAUUCUCUGUGUGUAGCGCCCCAGGUGGUCGCUCCGGGUCACUGCAUGCUUGUGGACUGGCGGGCUGGGAAGCGGUGCCCGCAUGGUUUGGGAAAGACAGUGACGAUCCUGUUCAAUGUCACUGGGGUGUGUUUCACAACCCCAGCCUGUGAGAGUGUGUGGACUAUGAUAUAUAUAUAUAGUGCGUGUGUGUGCGCGUGUGUGUCUUUUUCUGAUCAUUGAUGUGGGGCGAUGCAAAUGCUUUAGUGCCUCAUUCUCUGUGUUCUGUCAGUAUGUUCUAGAUGUAGGUUAUUUAGGUGCAGAAUGUAUGAAUGAAUCAUUUUCCCUCAUUAAGCAGGAAGGAUCUAGAAUUGAAUUUCUUAUAUCACACCAAUGUAGAACAGUGUAAACAGUUUUAGAAUGCAGCUUAGUAGUUCAAACUGUGAUACUGUUCUAGAAUCUCAUAAAACAAUUAUAAUGGUUACAUUUGGCUUACAAAUGCACAGUUCUACACUCUUAAAAAAUAUACAACAAACAUUUUAAAGUUUAAAGAGUCUACACAUAGUGUAAACUUUUCUAGGAGGAACCCUUAAUUGGUCGAGAUGCUUUUGCAUUAUGUUAUUGUCCUCUAAAUCUUAUUUGAAGUUAUGUUCAAAAGUUAUUUGAACUUUGAACAUAAGGAACCAUUUGUGACACGUAUUUUGUCUUUGUGACGGUUCUUUAAAUUUUGGAUUCUUCACACUUGCAUCUCAUUUAUUUAAAAAAGUAGUGCUUUAGGGAACGAACAAAGGCACUCUGCAUGAAAAAACAGCUUGUUUUUUCAUAUUUGGUAUUAUUUUUAAAAGUGUAGAACUAUUCCACAACACUAUUAGAGGGACAUUUGUUGUUCUAACAAGAGCUGGAAGUUUCCCAACACAGAAUAGAGGCCCAGGCUUUAGAACACUUAGACAUAUUUAUAUAAAUAAACGUAAUUAAUCAUGAAUUUCUUUUCACUGUGCAUGUAGUCAAUUUGUGUCAACCCAAAGUGUUUAUUUUGUAUCAGGCAGUAGGAGACAGUGGCUGUGUACAAUGCUGUGAUUGGAUAAUCUUUUGUUACAGUAAUCAUGAUGAUGCUCUGUUGAUCUGGUAGCAGUGCAGAGCCUCACUCACUGUGACCUGCCCUCUGUCCACUGCUGUUGCGAGUUCAAUUUCACUGUUAAUUUAUUGCACAUGGUACGAUUGGGUUGUUUGUUUUGUUUGUUUUUUUAAAUAACUCUUAAAUGCACACUG